UAUUUGUUUACAAAAAUUAUUCUCCAAUUAUUCCAAGCCUUUCUAUCUCUCUCCCUCUUCUAUAAUCCACCCAUUUUCAUCUUCUCUCUCUUCUUAAUAACGCUGAAGAAGAAGAAGAAAGGGUUUCAUAAAAGCAACCAUUCUUUUACAUUAUUAUUAUUGUUUUUUUUAUAGCUUUUAAAGCUCCGGCGACCAAUCUCCCUGCCGCCGGCGUCUUUUCAAAUUCCACAUUCUUAAGAAAUGGCAGAUGAAUACUCAAACUCAAAGAAGAGAGACGAUUCCUGCAGCAGUGUUUGUGACAAGGCACGAGGAAUUUUUACUUUCUCCAGAUUCCGCGGCGUAAUGAGAGGAAUCGAAUAUAAAAUGAUUGUGUUCUUGUUCUUAAUCGUGCCAUUGACGACGAUUACAAUAUACAUGUAUCAUGGUCAAAUCACUUCGUUUCUACGUCCCAUAUGGCAAAAACCACCCAAGCCAUUCGUGAAAAUACCUCAUUAUUACAAUCCAAAUGUAUCCAUGGAAUCUCUAUGUAAACUCCAUGGAUGGGGUAUUCGAGAAUAUCCAAGAAGAGUAUUUGAUGCAGUUCUAUUCAAUAAUGAAAUUGAUAUUCUCAAAAUCAGAUGGAAAGAACUUUACCCUUACAUCACACAGUUCAUCCUUCUAGAAGCCAAUGCAACUUUCACUGGCUUACCCAAACCCUAUCAUUUCUCUAUUCAUCGAGAUAAGUUCGAGUUCAUAGAACCUCGAUUGACCUACGCUACAAUCGGAGGUAGAUUCAAGAAAGGCGAAAAUCCCUUCGUUGAAGAAGGUUAUCAGAGACUAGCUGUAGAACAGCUUCUGAGAUUAGCAGGAAUUGAAGACGAUGAUCUGUUAAUAAUGUCGGACGUAGACGAAAUCCCCAGUGCGCACACCAUAAACCUGCUGAGAUGGUGCGACGACAUCCCUCCAGUCCUUCAUCUUCAAUUGAAGAAUUACUUGUACUCUUUUGAAUUUCUUUGGGACGACGAAAGCUGGAGGGGAUCCGUUCAUAGGUAUCAGAAAGGGCAGACGAGAUAUGCUCAUUUCAGACAAUCAGAUAUCCUAUUGGCGGAUUCGGGUUGGCAUUGCAGCUUCUGUUUCCGCCAUAUAAGCGAUUUCGUAUUCAAGAUGAAGGCCUACAGCCAUUCUGAUCGAGUGAGGUUCAGUCAUUAUCUUAACCCUGAUAGGAUUCAGGACAUAAUCUGUAAAGGAGCUGAUCUUUACGAUAUGUUGCCUGAGGAAUACACGUUUAAGGAGAUAAUCGGAAAGAUGGGUCCAAUUCCUCGUUCUUAUUCAGCUGUUCAUUUGCCUGCUUACUUGUUGGAGAAUGCCGAUCAGUAUAAAUAUCUUCUCCCCGGUAAUUGCAGACGAGAGAGCGGUUAACCACGAUCCAUUAUAUAUAUAUGAUUGUGUUAGUUUAGUUUACUAUAUAGAUUAGAUGUGUAUUCAUUCUCAAGAACAGGGCAGGUUUCAAGUAAGUUUGAUUAUUCUCAAAGUUUGUAUUAUUUGAAUAUGGUAAACGAGUUUUGCGCUCAA